ACCCUACCUAUUUUGCUCCCAUUUUGCUCUGUUCUGGACGCUUCGCUCUCCCCCCCUCCCUUCGGCUUCCGCCAUUCCCGCUAUCGCGGAGCGCAGGGUGAGCUUCUCGUCUUCUGCGGCAGUAUCGGAACGCUGGUGGAUGGCGAAGGUGGAUUCGGUGGCGCCGGUGCCGAGCCCGACGUUCAUGGACGCCGCUCCCCUGACCUUGCCGCCGCCGCUGGUGGUGGAGGAGCUCGUGCUGCGCCGCAGUGCUCGUUGCCUCAAUAGGCCAACCCGUCCCAGCUACGCGGACCAGGAGCCUCCUAAAAAGCCCGGUGGCCGGGGCCGGGGCAAGCGGAAGAGGGAUGAGGAGAAGCCGGAGCUGGCGGCGGCGCAGCAGGGUGCCAAGAGCCCGGGCAGGAAGUACUCCAAGGUGGAGGCGGGUGAGAGGAAGCCGAUGCCCGUGAUUGCGGCGGUGCCGGUCUCUUGCGCUGGCGUUGCUACGGAAGACGAUGCGAUGGGAACCGGGAAGAGCGCCAAGCUGAGGGUGAAAGAGACAUUGAGGGCGUUCAACAGCCACUACCUCCACUUUGUGCAGGAGGAGCAGAAGAGAGCACAGGCUGCGCUACAAGAGAUUGAGGCUAAGACUAAGAGUGGCCUCAAACGUCAGACCAAAGGGGGUAAAAAGAAGAGCAGUAAGCAACAAGCUGAAGCUGAGGAGAAAGAGAAACGCCCGUCAAAGCGGCCUGAUCUGAAGGCAAUCACCAAGAUGCAAGAAAUGAAUGCCGUGCUUUAUCCAGAGAAGAGGAUUGGGCAUUUACCAGGGAUUGAUGUUGGUGAUCGAUUUUAUUCUCGUGCUGAAAUGGUAGUGUUGGGCAUCCACAGCCAUUGGCUCAAUGGAAUUGACUACAUGGGGAUGAAAUACCAAGGAAAGAAGGAGUAUGAGAAGUUAACUUUUCCACUAGCCACCUGUAUUGUAAUGUCGGGGAUAUAUGAAGAUGAUCUAGACAAGGCCGAUGAAAUUAUUUAUACGGGUCAAGGAGGAAACGAUUUACUUGGUAACCAUCGCCAAAUUGGCUCUCAGCAAUUGACACGUGGCAAUUUAGCAUUGAAGAAUAGCAGGUACAAUGGUAAUCCUGUCCGAGUUAUUCGAGGCCAUUUAUCAAAGAAUAGCUAUACAGGAAAGAUCUACACCUACGAUGGACUUUACAAGGUUGUACAUGACUGGGUGCAGACUGGAGUGCAAGGCCAUGUUGUUUUCAAAUAUAAAUUGAAGCGGCUUGAGGGUCAGCCAUCAUUGACUACUUCUGAGGUGCGAUUUACUCGUGCAGAAGCUCCCACAACUAUUUCUGAAUUACCUGGACUGGUUUGUGACGACAUCUCUGGAGGGCAAGAAAAUAUUCCAAUUCCUGCUACUAACUUGGUUGAUGAUCCGCCUGUUCCUCCAUCUGGUUUCACAUACUUGAAGUCUCUAAAAAUUCCAAAGGACAUCAAGAUUCCAUCUAGUAUUAUUGGCUGUGAUUGUGAAGGAGAUUGUGCUACCAACAAAAAUUGUUCAUGUGCUCAGCGCAAUGGUUCUGAUCUGCCUUAUGUAUCACAUAAGAACAUUGGCAGGUUGGUGGAGCCCAAAGCAGUUGUAUUUGAAUGUGGGGCUAACUGCAGUUGCAACCAUGAUUGUGUAAACAGAACAUCUCAACAGGGUUUGCAGUAUCGGUUAGAGGUAUUUAAGACAGCUUCAAAAGGUUGGGGAGUUAGGACUUGGGACACUAUCCUCCCUGGGGCUCCCAUCUGCGAGUACACAGGGGUGUUGAGGAGGACUGAAGAUUUGGAUGGUUCGCAAAACAACUAUUGUUUUGACAUCGACUGUCUUCAAACCAUGAAGGGUUUGGAUGGAAGGGAGAAAAGAGCUGGAUCUGAAAUGCACCUGCCUAAUCUUCAUCCUGAGGAUGAUUCAGAUGCACCACCUGCACCUGAGUACUGCAUAGACGCUAGUUCUAUUGGCAAUUUUGCCAGAUUUAUAAAUCACAGCUGCCAACCUAACCUUUUCGUCCAGUGCGUCUUGAGCUCACACAAUGAUGUUAAACUGGCAAAAGUGACGCUUUUUGCUGCUGACACUAUACUUCCUCUUCAGGAGCUAUCCUAUGACUAUGGUUAUCGCUUGGACAGUGUUGUUGGGCCUGAUGGAAAAAUUGUGAAGCUGCCUUGCCACUGUGGUGCUCCUGAUUGCCGGAAGCGCCUCUACUAGACCCUGCAGUGUGUUCUGUUUGGAUUUUGGAGGAAACAACUUAUAUUGUAGGGAAGCAGUCAUGGUAUCUAUGUAGUUGACAUGCUCUGAUAUUUAGCAAAAGAGGAGCAGCUUAUGAUAUCUCCUUUUAGAGCAUUCUUAAUUUGUGAGAGUUAGAGGACAUGCUGGUCAUGGUAGCGCAUAUUUUGCAGACAACCAAUUAACUGAUAUCUAUGGACAUCAGGUCUUGGAACGCUUAA